UAUGGCCCGUGGACUCCUCCUCCACCUAACUGUCAGUAGCAACGUUCUGGUUGAGUCCCGUUUGCCUUGUGCUAGCAAAUACUGUAGCAGAUUUUUUUUCUGUGAAAGUGUUACGAAGAGCCAACAAAGGGGUUGGCUCUUUAUACCCCGUCCUGUCUACCACUAAAUUGUUGUUCGGAAAUGUUUAGGGCUGCUGGUUGCAAUUGGCCAAGUUAUCGUUCCAUUUGAGAGAGGUUACAUUUGACAGCUCGCCACCUGGGACAGGGAGCUUUGCCUCUGCCUUACCCAUGAUGGCGACCCAAGAAGCGGACAUGUCGCGGCGCAGUAUGAGGCUGGUUUUAGGGGGAUACUACCACCAGUCAUCAGACGAUGAUGAGUCCUCCUCAGUUUCCUACAGGGAGAGCCCCGUGAGGGUUUUUACUAAGAGGAAGACAGGUGGUCGUAAAGUGGCGGCCUCUCGUACCUCCAGCCGGGCCAACAGCGUGGCUAGCACCGCUAGCAGCAAGGGUAGUACAGUGGAGCCACCCAUCAAUGCUGAGGACUACAUUGGCGUCUCAAGCUUGGUUCAGAGAAGGAAGACCUUCCAGGAACCUCUUGCCCCAGCCCCCAGCCUGAACCUGGCUCCCAGCCCCAUGGGCUUCUCGACCUGCCAGACCGGCCUGAACCAGGCCAAGAGCCAGAGCAGCGCCAUGGACAGCUCUGGAUACUCCUCUUCAGAGGCAAGACGUUACAGAGGAUACUCUGGAGACUCCUCCUUAGGCGAACAAAGGGCUAGCGCCAGCCAGAGAUCUGGCACUAACAGGACAAGUGCUCGUGCCAAUUGGACCCCUCCGUUUAUCCCGGCUGAUGUGGGGAAGGCCAUUCUAAUUGCCAUCCUCCUCAUCCUAUUGACCUUCGGCUGCUGGCUCCUUGCCCCCUUGGUAUGGGCCACCCUGACUUCAGCCCUGAAUGCUAUCACUAUGACCCUGAACCGAUCUGUCAUCACCCCAACUCCGCCACCUCUCUUCACUAUGCCACCUGUCAAGGCUAUGGAGGGAGCUUCGGUAUUGCAUUCUGCUCUGGAAGCCAAGAUGAACACCAUCCUGAGAGAAAUUGAAAUUCUUAAGAAGAAGGAACACCAGCAGAAAUUUGUAACCGAGAUGGUAGAGAGACUGCAGACAGACUUGGCAGACGUGAGAACAGACAUGAGGGAUGUGAGAGUGAGAGUGGACAGUGUGAAUCCAUUGGAUUGGGAGCAUCGUUUGAGCGAGCAGACAGCCGGCUUCAUCAGUCAGGUGGGCGAGCUGAAGGACCAACACACACACGUCAAGCAGCGAGUCGCUGCCCUGGAGGACCAGAGUGCCACGCUGGGGAAGCAGGUCUACUCUGUUCAGAACCAGCCUCCUCCAGCUCCCAACGCCAACACACACCUGACCCCUGAGCUCGAAGAGGCCAUGGCCAAAUGGCUGCAUGAGAAUGAGCCACGGAUGGUGAAAGAGGUUGUGAAGAACUGCAGUCCCCUAUUGGCUGACAGGAUGCCGGACUUUGCCUUGGAGUCCCAAGGUGCCAGUGUUGUGAGCACACGGUGUUCCGAGACGUACCGUACCCGCUCGGCAUGCGUGUCCUUCCUGGGUGUACCCCUCUGGUACCCCUCUGAGAACCCCCGCACUGUUAUCCAGGGUCAGGCGGUGCAAGCUGGGAAGUGCUGGGCGUUCUACGGAGCGCAGGGCACCCUGGUCAUCGCCCUAUCUCAUCCUGCCCACAUCACCCAUGUCACACUGGAGCACCUCCCGGUCUCCAACGCGCCCACCGGACGCAUCGACAGCGCGCCCAAGGCCUUCUCUGUCUACGGUAUGUCCACUGAGACAGAAGACGGCACCUGGCUGGGAACCUUCACUUAUGACCAGCAUGGAGGGGCAAUCCAGACCUUCCAACUGCCUAAUCCUACCAGGGCCAUCUAUUAUUUUGUGGAGCUGCGCGUUCUGAGUAACUGGGGUCACCUGGAGUACACAUGCGUGUACCGCUUCCGUGUGCACGGACACAUGGCCUCCUCCUCCAAGUGAGAGACGUUCAUCGUCCACCUCAACCACAGACCCCCGAGGCUUCGCUUUCAUAUCAGAGCAACGUUCUUUUUGCAUCUCAACAUUAUGACGGACCAUUCUAAAUAAAUUUCUUUAUUUGGCGUAAUCAGGAUGGCUUCCUAAACUGGCUUCUGCCGGGUGUGAGGUUAGAGGUCUGCAAGGUUUUGUUACAAUUUGCAGUUUCAUUUCUGGCAGAGGUAUUGACCUGGCUAAUAGGAGUGUGGGGAUGGGUUUUUCAGAGUUUCAAAUUGAACUUGUGUGUGUGUGUGUGUGUGUGUGUGUGUGUGUGUGUGUGUGUGUGUGUGUGUGCUUUUGAGCAUUGAUUAUUUGUUUGCAUUUUAACGCCCAGCCACAGCGGACAAAGAUUUCAGAUUGUGCUUUGUGUGUUUGUGACAAUCCCUCCUGGGUUACUGGGCUCUUUAUUUUGUUUAAUUUCAUCUGUCUUAAAAUGAUAUACAAAGGUUUAAUUAUGGUUAAAAAGAACGUUGUUGGAUGUAUAUAUUGCAAGAAUCAAGAUGUAUUGUUCAUUAUUUUAUUAGUCCGAUAAGAA